CCACGUUGCUAUGCGGUCGUGUCACGUGACCAGGCGGAUGAAGUAAUGCAUGUGCUUUCAAAGGAAGCCGAUCUAGUAGGCUGUCCGCUGUUUUUAGCUCCUCGUGGAGAACAGAUUCGAUUAUUGGACGGGGCUAACACCAUUCCCUCCGCCGACAAUUUGUCUACUAUGUGGCAAACACUCGCGCCGGACACAACCCAAUAUCGGUUGUCCAAUAUUGCUCUCAGUCUGGCCGCAGUACACUUGUGGAUGCGUCACCGAGGUGGUAUCACACCAGACACUGUGGAUUGUUGUUUGGCAGAUGAGGCAUUAUGUUUGAAUUGUGAAAAGCUCAGUAAUCCCUGUGAGAUUCUUAUUCGUGGGUUCGAAUCCCAUCCACAUACUUGUUGUGAAUGUUGGUAA